CUUCACACUGUUGCAUCUUUGGCUUGUCAUCUCUCACAAGCUCGCUCACGCCAACGCUGUGCUUCAUCAUGCCGCAAACUGCCCACAGUCUCUCUCCUGAGACUACUGAAUCCUACAUCCAGCGGCUCACGCACUACUUGACUAUCUCCCAGCUUUCAAUGAACCACGUGUCCAAGCACUUGAACAUGGCCGAGGCCGAACCGUUACACUCACAAGCUGUCAGGAUAUGGACCCAACACAAGCUGUAUCAUAUUCCUCCACUGCACUCUGUUGAAAAACGGCAGCAAUGGUUUCACGAAAUCGAUAUCAUAUGUACGCAGGCCCCUGCUUCUCACGACUAUCUUAAAUGGAUUAUCAGGGUUUUUGCCUGCCACGGUGCCGUUGAGGCCAUCCAUAUGCAGGAGUUAUUACACAUGCCGAACAGAGCCCUUGCCGCUAUAAAUGUUGAAGUUGGAAGGCGCCAAUACAAGAACGUGACUGGCAAAGAUCAGCCCCCUUUUGGCCCUCAAACUUCGCGCGACAAAGAGAUGGCUGCAAACCACGACCUCAUCGGUCAUAUUGUUGUGCGCCCGAACGGUUAUGGAGAAGUCGAACAACUUACCGUCGUUGACUACGUCACCGGACUCGUGGGAAGGGCUUUCUUCAUCUUACAGAAUGUUGCACCCGACGAGGAUGGCAAAAUGGAGCACAUUAUGGAGGAGAAGUUGAGGAAGCUGCAGUUGCUACCCGAGGAGGACGGGUAGCUUGCUCACCGGUACUACCAGUGGCCUGUUACGAAACGUACCGUCGCUCAUGGUCACGUGAUCCCCAUGAACAAGCGCCUAGAAGAGACGCCCAAUCACGGUCAGGUGAUAUCAGUCACUAUGUGACUGAGGACAGCUUCUAGUCACUAUGUGACCGAGGACAGCUUCUAUGGUUCUCAAACUCUAACCCCAGGAUCUGCGAUCCAGGACUUUGGUUCUCAUUUCAUAUUUCAGGUAUUUCACCUACGCUUUCUUAGCUCGCCAAUUACCUGGCUCGCAGCAGCUAAGCUCCGGUGUGUUUCACCUAUCUUUAUCACUGAGGCAGUGUAGAGGACCCCUUGUACUA